GGCGGACGUAGGUCCGGGCGUUUGGCGUGGGGUACCCGCAUGUGGCGCGCGCGUAGGGCGCGGCGUUCACAGAACGGUUCUGAGGCGGGCGUUAGCGCAGAGGCCGUUGGACCGGCUGGCGGAACCGUCCCUGUGCUGCUCCAGCCAUGGACUACCGGCGGUUGCUGAUGAGUCGGGUGGUCCCCGGGCAGUUUGACGACGCGGACUCCUCGGACAGUGAAAACAUUGACUUGAAGACCAUCAAAGAGGAAGGUGAUGUUAUAUUUGAAGACCUUCAGAGUAACGCCAAUGAGAAGAUGGGUGAGAGUGAGCCGGAAGAGGAGGAGGACGGGGAUUAUGACGAUGACGAUGACUGGGCCUGGGGCGAUGGAGUCGGAAAGCUCACCCGGUGUUUCGCUUCAGGUGGAGGGAGUAACCCUCAGGCCAAUAGACAGACUCCCAGCUUCAAUGCAGCCAAAAUGUCUACUCCAGCAGACAAAGUUUUACGGAAAUUUGAGAAUAAAAUUAAUCUAGAUAAGCUAAAUGUUACUGAUUCUGUAAUAAACAAAGUCACUGAAAAGUCUCGACAAAAGGAAGCAGAUAUGUAUCGCAUCAAAGAUAAGGCGGACAGAGCAACUGUAGAACAGGUGUUGGACCCCAAAACACGAAUGAUCCUAUUCAAGAUGCUGACGAGGGGAGUCAUAGCAGAGAUCAAUGGCUGCAUCAGCACCGGAAAAGAGGCUAAUGUAUAUCAUGCUCGCACAGCAAAUGGAGAGAGCAGAGCAAUCAAAAUUUACAAAACUUCAAUUCUGGUGUUCAAAGACCGGGAUAAGUAUGUCAGUGGGGAAUUCAGAUUUCGCCAUGGCUACUGUAAAGGCAACCCCAGAAAAAUGGUGAAAACGUGGGCAGAGAAGGAAAUGAGGAACUUAAUCAGGCUAAACACAGCAGAGGUUCCGUGCCCAGAACCCAUCCUGCUGCGAAGUCACGUUCUCAUCAUGGGUUUCAUCGGCAAGGACGACAUGCCAGCACCGCUCUUGAAAAACGUCCAGUUAUCAGAGUCCAAGGCUCGGGAGUUGUACAUGCAAGUGAUCGAGUACAUGAGGAGAAUGUACCAGGACGCCAGACUGGUGCACGCGGACCUCAGUGAAUUCAACAUGCUGUACCAUGGUGGAGGCGUGCACAUCAUCGAUGUUUCUCAGUCCGUGGAGCACGACCAUCCGCAUGCCUUGGAGUUCUUGAGAAAGGACUGCGCCAACGUCAAUGAUUUCUUUCUGAAGCAUGGCGUUGCUGUAAUGACUGUGCGGGAGCUCUUUGAAUUUGUCACGGAUCCAUCAAUUACAUCCGAGAACAUGGAUGCAUAUCUCUCAAAGGCCAUGGAAAUAGCAUCUCAAAGGACCAAGGAAGAAAGGUCCAGCCAAGAUCAUGUGGAUGAAGAGGUGUUCAAGCGAGCUUACAUUCCUAGAACCUUGACUGAAGUGAAAAACUACGAGAGGGAUAUGGAUAUAAUGAUGAAACUAAAGGAAGAGGACAUGGCCAUGAACGCCCAGCAGGACAACAUUCUAUACCAAACUGUCACGGGACUGAAGAAAGAUCUGUCGGGCGUUCAGAAGGUCCCUGCACUCCUGGAAAGCCAGGUUCAGGAAGAGACUGGUUCUGAUUCAGAAGAUGCAGGGAGCGUGGAGUGCUCUGACACAGACUCUGAAGAGCAGGGGGAUCACGCCAGCUCCAGGAAGCCCCCUGCCGACCUUGAAGUUGAUAGAAAGGAAAGAAAAAAGAUGGUCAAGGAAGCCCAGAGAGAGAAAAGAAAAAACAAAAUUCCUAAACACGUGAAAAAAAGAAAGGAGAAGGCAGCCAAGAUGAAAAGGGGCAAAUAGAACCAGAACCGUAUCAUGUACAGUAAUUUUCCAUCAGUUACGUUUCACACCUGCGCACUGAGCUGCCUCUGGAGGACGGGUUAUUGAUUUUAACCAAAUGGUUUUUACUGCAGUGUCCCUGAGGACCAGUUUUCAUGUAAUUAUGUAAACAGCUCUGAGCUCUGUUGUCUAGGUCUAUUCCCUAGCUCUGUGUAGUAUUGAUAGAGGAUUUAUUUAAGCCACUAUUUUAAUGAACUUUAUACAAUUUUAUUUUUGUAUAUUUUUAUCUUUUGCAAUGUUGCUUUUAAAGCACUGUAAUUAUUUAAACAUAUUGAGCAUUCCCGCCCUUUGUGUAACGGCACUUUGGACAAACUUAGGCAAGUUGUUUUUGCUUUGUUUGUACCAAAGACAUACCUGGGAUUAUUGGACUAUAAGGCCAUAGUUUCUACGAAAGGGAGAUUUACUGAUACAGAGAAUUCAGUUGGCUGUUGAUAUCAUCGUUCAUUGCAGCUUCAUUCUAUGUGUGCUGAUAAUUAUUUAUAGUGUACUUACUCUUCAUCUUUACUAUUCUUCUCUCAGCUGGUACCUCCCAGUUCAUAAGCUAUUUCACAUUCAAAUAUGUGGCCUAUUCAUUCAUUCAUUCAUUCAUCAAUAGUUGGGUGUUUUAAGUAUGGGAGACACAGCAGUAAAUCAAAGGCAAGUUCCAUGGAUAAUCCUAGUUUUCCUUAAGUUGAAGCUUGCACUGGCUUGGAUCCGUGGGUUACUGAGGGACGAGCAGGGUCAGCUGCGUAAAGCAGCGAGAAGUUACUGCCUUCAGGUAGUUUGCAUUUUCAUAGGAAGACAGUGUAUCAGCCUAGUAAAUUCCAUGGAAGAACUAGCACUGCUUGGGGCAGUGGAGGUAUGCACGUUUAGAAGAGGCCGUAUUUGGGCAAAUACUUGAAGGCUGUGAGUUGUAUGCCUGUCGGGAGAGAAUAAUGGUCCAGGCAAAGCAGACAGCAAGUGCAGAGGCCCUGAAGCAGAAGUGUGCCUGAAAUGUUGCAGACACCAAAAGCUAGGGCAUCGUAACCACUUGGGGGGUGGGGUUGGGUCUGGGAGAUGGGACAUAGUGGCUUAGAUCGGGUGGUGGUAGGCGCCUGGAAGGUUUUGAGCAGAGGAAUGAUGUGAUCUGACUUGUUUUUAAAGAAUUGCAAUCACUCUGACUUCCAUGGAGAAUUGACCAGGAGGCAAGGGGUAAGGGCCGGCUGGGUAUUUAUUGUGACCUGUGUGAGAGAUGAUGGUGGCUUGCUAUAGGAUGGUAGCAGUGGACAUGGAGAGAAGCCUUUGGAUUCUGAGUAUAGGAGCUACAGGAUGUGUCAUGAGAAAUGCUGAUUUUAACUGUGGAAUCAAAAAAAUUUGUGUAGAUGAACGUAGUUUCCCCUAAACUGGAGCUUGCCCCUGCUUGUUUGAGAAUCAGUGGGUUAUUGAGGGAGGGGCAGGGUCAGCAGAGGUCUUAAAAUUUUAAGCAGACAGCUUAAAUUUUGUAUUCAUAAUAGCGUCCCUUCCCGACUUGAAAAAAGUUCAAAUACGAAAUUUCAGGAAAACACAGUUGUGUUUCCUCUGAAAUAUUCUACAGUGAACACAACAGAGGAGAAAAGACAGGUGGCUGAGCAAUGCAUUGCCCUUUUGAGGGGGUCACCUUCAGGACCCUCUGGCUUUGGCCUGGGGCUGGGGCCUCCUCCCCAGCCAGUGUGCUUAAUCCAGGUGCUCAGGCUCCUCGGUGGCAUCUCUGCUGAAUCGAGUGUAGUCGCUGGGUUUGGAAUCAGUUUCCCUGGGCAAAGCCAGUGUUGCCCGGCUGGCCAGUCCUCAUCCCAGGCUGCCAAGAGGAAGUGGCUUGUGGUGCGCCCAGACGGGACCUGCAGGGGAAUUCUGGCUCAAAGCGCCUUCUUCCUGACAAUGUGCUGACGUGGCCCUUUCCCCAUCUGGAUUCUGGGCUGUAGCUGUGGCUGUGCGGGAACCACUGGUAGCCUUCUUGCGGGACUGAUCUGAUGCCACUUCCCUUGUUUGACUCUUGAGAGCUGAUCUAGAAGAAGGAGCCCCGUCUUAGGUAAAUGUCCCUUUCUGGCUCCAGUUGCAAUAGAAUUUGCGCACCUGAUGGGUUUGGUGUCCCUGAAUUUCUGGUGAGCUUUGGGGGUCUCUUGGCCCAAAGGCUGGGACAUCAUUUUGUCCACUUUGAACGUACCUGGUUUUCUGUCCUAUUUUGUUGAUUUUCUAAUCCCUUAAAAAAGUGCAGGCGUUUCUUCUCUCAAAGUUGACUGUGAGGGAUCUGGGUGGUUUCAUGGAAGCGCGGAGUCGCAGUGGUCUCCUCUGUGGCUGGAGUCCUUAUUUUUCCUUUGAUGAAGCAGUUCAGGGACAGCCUCUUUCCGCCACCCGGGAGCACAGCCUUUGAGCCUGGUCUCAGAGUGAAGAGGUAGGUGGGCGCCACGGCCGACAUCCAGUUUUCUUCAACUUUUGCUUCUCUUUUACAAUGACGGACUCAAGGUUGGAGAGUUUUGUAGUUUGGUACCAAGAGUGGUUGGAGAAGAUCUGUCCUUUUUGUGAGUUUCUGUUGAGUUCAGUGCAAGCAGCUUGCUGUUGCUUGGUUGUGGGCCCAUCCUGUUUUGUGGCUGUGAUUUCAUUAACCUCUCGACUCAGAAAGUGAAGAGCUGAGAAAGUUCUUCUAGAAGCUGGUAAAAUUCAGUCGAAGGGCAUCUUGAGUGUCAUGGGCUCUGAAGGUUGGCAUUUCUAAAAGUCCUUUUUGUUUUCAAGAGCUUAACAGGUCUUCUAACAUUUGGUUGUGUGUACACAUACGAUAUUCAGGGCUUGACUUGGACUUCAGGGGCUUGCUUUUUGAUGGCAUGAAGGUCGCGUGAAUCAGCAGCUACAGCAGAUCCUCGCUGUAUAAUUUCCCGUGAAGAUUUCCUAUGACCGUGUCAGAUAAGGUUUUCAACCACUGGUGGUCAUAAAACAGGAGCGCUCCGUGUUUUCUGUCUCUUGAAUCGGACUAUGUCAUUCAUGCCCUGCAUUUUGGUUGGAGGUUUUAACUUCCAUAUGCUUUGGGUUUGGGUUGCCUUGGACAUAAGGGCAUUUAUCGGUGUUCCGGGGGCGGUUAUAAUGUUGGGUCUGAAAGCAUCUAAGCUGGUUUCCAAAGGAGAAGACAGCUCUCCUACACCCCUGCUCUCCAGAGAUCUUAGUCCCAGCGGAAGUGCUGUGGGAACCUCUGGGCUUGAAUUUGAAGAAGGAAGACUUGUGGACUUUGUGACUUUGGUUUCCAGCUUUCCUUCACUUUCUGUAUCACUCUACUUCCUGCUGUGAUGGCUGGCAGGCGCGGCCGCCGGGAGGGGGCCCUUGUACCGCCUGGAGAGCCACACAAUACCCUUUUGCCUUUUUUUCCAGACUAGCAAGGGUGUCAUCUGUGUGAGCACAGUUGUCUCCAGCUCUCUCAGCGCUUUCUGCAUUUCUUAUCACCGGGUAGUAAUUUCAAGGCCAAGCAACUUCAUCAUCUCGGGGUAAAAUUUGACCCUUUACACAUCUGCCACGUCGCUCUCCUGCGGUCGUGAACCCGUCGUGGCAAGGUGGCAGGUCCCUGGGCCUGGGUGCCUCAGCUGGAGCGGGGCGGGCAGGGGCAGGCAGUGAAAGCUGUACGGGAGUAGGCGCCCCUGUGGCUCACGUCUGUGGUACAGUGGGGGGUGUGAGUGGCUGCCUCGGGGAGCAGAGGGUAUCGAAGGCUAGAUGGUCAGGGGACCUAGGCCGGCGUUUUGGAAGGACUGUCCUGGGUUAGGACAGGCUUGGUUGUCUGUGAGAGACAUGUCUGAGUCUCCAUCAGGCUGGGGUGUGGGCCGGCCACUGAUGGGGGGUGAGUGGUGUCUGAUGACAUCACUACCCUCAGGACAGCCAGUGUUUAAAUGGGGCAAGGAGAGGGGGUCCCCCAAAGGGGCAGUUGAGGAUACGAGGUGCUUUGCUGGCGUCAGAUGCCGCACGGGUCCCACAGGGCCCUGAGAGAGCGCAUCACGGUGAUGAAGGGUUGGGAGCCUGGCUGCGUGAAGCAGGCACAUGCCACCAGUGCGGGGAGCUCAGCACAGUGCCUGCUUCACGGGGCUCCUGUGAAGGAUGCUGAGGGGAGCUCGGGGGAGCUUGGCCAGGGCUGGGUCAGGCCAGGGAAAGUGAACCCAGCCACUGACUCUUCGGUGUUCCCGAGGCGGUGUGAAAAGAGGUUCACAGAAUCACCUAGAAGGUACCUUGCCUCUCCCCAGAAAGGCUGAACUGCAACCCACGAAGCCUCUCGCUGUGGUUGGCAGGUUACAGGAAACAUGAGCUCACAGGAGCGGGAUGCACGAUGCUGGGAGGAUGUGGUCAAUGGAAUCAAAAAAAGGGCAGCAGGGAGGGAAGAAGCCAGACGUCUAAUAAAAAGGAAAAGAGGUCUAAGAGACUUGUCAGUGCUGUGACUUCAGCUGGACCCUGGUUAGAUGAAACCAGUGGUAAAAAUAUGGGCUGUUUGGGGUUUCUUUUCAGACAAACAGGGAAAACUUCAGCAUGGAGGAGGUGUCAAGUGAUAGUAAGGGAUCAUUCGUUUCACCAGAUGUGAUAGUGGUAUUUGUGGCUUGAAAUGGUGCCCUCAGAGCCUGGACUAAAGUCUUACUGGGUGAGAUGAACAGGAUGCCUGUGAUUCAAAAUUCUCCAUCCUUCCUGAGUCCCCAAAGGACAGCGGUGGAUGAAGGAAGAAUAGCAGGUCAACAGUUGUUGAGACAGAGUACUAAUGGGUGUCUUGGGAUUCAUUACAUUCUUUUCUCUCUUACAAUUUCUGUAAGAAAAGAGCUGGGUUUUUUCUGAAUCAAAGUUUCUAUUAAGUACUUAAAACAGGGCGUGCCACAUACUUGUACUGUAUUAUACAAGUGUCUGCAUUUUUAUUUUGUUUGCUCUUUUUAAGUAACUUUUUUUUUUUGCCUAGUCUUUAAUUGUUUAAUCAUCUGGGCCAAAGAGGAAGGCCUCAGGAGGACUGUUAGUGCCUUCUGGUACCAGCCCAGCUCGGUGUCCCCUGACAUGCCUUUGGUUCUGAGAUUCCGGUUCCCUGGUGGAGGCAGCGUCAGAACAUGUGUGCUGAGCUGCCCUGAGUCUCGGUUCUGCCCAGCCUGCCCGUCCCCUUCGCAGUGACCUGUCCUGGCCACUCCUGGCGUGUGGUCUGCCCCCUCAGCUGAGGCCCCUGCAGUCUGGUGACCUUUGCGUUGUUUUUCUGAAGCUGCUCUAACUGACAGGCUGGCCCCGUGUUACUGCGCUUUGCAGACACCGAGACUGUUUUACUGACUGAAGGGCUGUGGCAGCCCCGUGCGGCCCCUCUGACUGCCGUCCCUGGCUUGGCUCACUCGCGCCCCUGGUCAUGUGAUGGUGGUUCUUGCCGUCUUUCAGACCCUCUGCCGGCAAAAAGGUUACAGCUCGCUGACAGCUUGGGUGAUGGGUAGCAUUUUUUAGUGAUAGCACUUGAGUGUGAGCAUCACUCUUAUAUGCACUGGGAAACCACAUACUCCGUGUAACAUGUUUUCCCGCGAUGGUCGCCCCGUGCUGCGGCCGGGAGCCGAGCACACAGAGCGUCCGAGCUCUGCCUGUGCAUGUCUGAGAUUGCCUUGCACAGGUCGUGUGUCUCUCCCUCGCCUCCCAGCUCCUCCUAGAAUAAGCUCCACGGGGCAGGGGUGUUUACCUUUGUUCAGCUUUGUGUCCCAGCACCUAGAAUUGUGUCUAAAAUAUCGUAAAUGCUCAAUAAACACUUAAGUGAAUGAUA